GUAUACUAUCUUUAAAGCGCCUUAAUACAUUUAUACAAUGGCAAAGCAUAAUGUAAGUCUCUUGAUAACAAUUUUGUUAUCACUGAUUGUCUUCAUCAUUACUAUGGUUUUGACUGCUCUGGCAUCCACAGGGGCAUCUCCUUUUUUACAUCCGACUAGUAAUGUUUCCAACGAGUUCACAACACAAGUCACACCUAGUGGCUGGACUUUUGCUAUCUGGGGGAUUAUUUACGCGUUUAUGGCUUCAGUUUUAGUCUAUGUCCUCUCUGGGGUGUUUAGAAAGAAUGCCUAUGGUUAUGUGUACUGCAGUCCACCGGUUCUACCACGUGGAUUCUUUGUGAUGUUGAGUUUAAACCUGAGCUUAAAUGUGGCAUGGCUCUUUUUGUGGGACAGGAGUUUGAUGAUUCCUGCAGUGAUUUUUCUCAUCUUCAUUGCCUUAACCAAUUACGCAGUCAUAGCCUUUUCCUGUCUUGGUCUAAAUGCUUAUGGAGCUUGGCUAUACAAGAACCACAAAGUUGAUCUGUAUCUCAUCCGUGUGUUGGUUCAGAAUGGGAUUGCCAUAUAUGCAACAUGGACAACUAUUGCAUCUCUAGUCAACUUGAAUAUUGUACUGACCACUGAGGCAAAUAUGUCCCAAACUGAUGCUUCAACUACAGUUCUAUCUCUUCUGGUAGUGGUAAUAGCUACAUGGUUUGUCCUUGAAAACUGGUUAUUGGAGAAGCAUGUCCGUUACAUCCUGUCCAUUUACCCAGCUGUGAUCUGGGCACUGACUGGGGUUUUCACUAACAACUAUGAUGCCUCUGCUCCAUCUCGGAAUAACAUAUUUAUUGCUGCUCUUCUCGGUGUGGGCUGCUGUCUGUGUGUAACUCGGGUAGGCCUGGUUGUCUGGAGACACCUCAAGCAUCCCCUUUACAAAAAUGCAGAUGAAGAAGACAUGUCCCCCAUGGAGAUCGCAAAGAAGCAGAAAAGGAUAUUUAAGUGAAAAUAUUCAUUAUAGUGUUAUUGUUUUUGUAAAGUGCUUUUUAGAUUUGUGGCUUCACCUGCUUCUUAAACAUGGCAGUGAUUUGCAUAGUGAU